UUACAAUGGAGGGAAUUCAGUAUCGUAGCAGCAACUUUGCCUGCAAGAAAUGGACAUUAUUUACGCUAAGCCUUAUAUCAAUGAUAAUAACAGGGUUUGUAAUGAUAGCCUUUAUACUCAUGUUUUCGGCCGUCGCACAAAUGGGUGAUAAACUGGACAAACAGUCGUGGGGUUCAAUGACAUCGGGGUCUCAAUCGGGGUCCAUCUCAAUGUCAGGAUCAGGUUCUUCAGGCAGUGAAGGUUCCACUUCUCUCAUCAGUUUUGGAAACGAUCACAAUUCGGCAAAAGACAAACAAACUUCUGAUGUUUCUCCCUCUAUCGCUAUUAUGAUUGUGGUUAUUGUUUGCGCGCUGGUGUUGGCUAUUCAAUCAAUCGGGGUGUUUGGCACUUAUAAGGAACACUAUUGUCUGUCUAUGACAUACGCUAUAUUAUUAACGUUGGGAACUGUGAGUUCAUUUGGUUCGUGCUUCAAAGAUACAACCUACAUCGGUUCGUUUGUAUUUAAUCUACUCGUAACUAUUCUGGCCUUCUCGUUUGUCAAUGAUUUGCGUAAGCCGACCAUGCUACAACAGCACCCCAUGACCACCAUUACCGUUCAAGCGCCCCAACCCGGUCAUAUGAAUCCCACUUACUAUGUUAAUCAAGGAUCUAGGAGUGUUCAAACAUCCGGUGCCUCCGGUAAUCCAAAUCAUUUGACAAAUAUAAAUCAGCACAACUAUGUUAAUCAGGCGCAACCCAAUACUGCCGUUCAGUUUGUACCCUAUACUUACAAUCCCAGCUCUCCGGAUAUGACCGAUAACUUAAGUGACAAAUCCUCUAAUAUUGAUAUUAUGAUGGGCGCACCCGACGGACAAAUACCUGGUGCUGUUAGCGGACAAUUAGUUGAACAUGAACCUUUUCUACAGACAUAUCUUAAUUCCAUGCAAGAUCAAAAUAAGGACAGACGCGUAAUGGUAGAAGUAAACGGCGAUGGGCAAACUAUUUUAGAUCAAAUUAGACCCUUAUUAAGGGACAAAUCGAUAAUAGAGCGGCUCCGGGGGUCACAUCUGGAUACAGACGUCACGAUUAUCCGCAAUGUUGACGAGAACGGCGUUCCGGUGCCCGUUUCCCGACCUGACCAACAAAUGGAUUACCAGCUCAGACACGAGCUGCCCCAACAACAGACUCGCCAACCGGUUCUAGACUAUAGACAACCGCAUCCCAGUUCACCGCCACCACAACAAAAUCCAAUUGGGAUCAGUCAAUAUAUUAACAAUCAACAUGAUCAACAAUUAGUAGCGCCAAAGGCAGCAACGAACCCACCACGAGCUGUUCUCGGCUCAAAUGCUGUAUUAUUGGUCGAACAGAGAGGCGCCGGUAGUAUUGGAGAACACAAUCAACAACUAAUGCUCAAUAAAUUACAGGAUCUGGCGAUGAGACCUCUUAUUGAACAAGAAAAACACGCUUUGAUUUCUCAGACAAAGCCGUACCCAAUACAAGCUAUUGAUGCAACACCACCGACAGCCCCACCGACUUAUGCCAAUGGGGUCUCGCACUCGACCCCCACAUACCAGGAUAGACCCGUUGCCGAUCAAAACAGCGCUCAACAGAGUUAUAUGAAUCGCAACUACGGUUACAAACAAGUCCGACAAUCAGCGGCACCUGUAGCUGGCGGUCAAGUGGGUUCAGGUGGACCUACGCUAUCGCAACAGCAUCUGUCCAUUGGCAACAAUGUGGCGGGUGUUCAAUAUGUGAGCGCCCGACCCAAUAAACAAGAGUCUAACAGACAGAUAGGCAAAGAGGCGGACGCUUAUAGAAAACAGAGAUUGAGAGAAGAGUUGCUUAAAGGUCUGGAGGAUCAGGAGAGACGGCGUCAGGAACUCAUG